CAUUCUCGUCUUUUCAGGCAAACCCAUUGAUAUAAGUAAUAAAAUAUUCCAUUGUUAUUAAAAGGAGAGAAAGGGCAAAAAAAGGGAAAUACUAUAUUCCAUUCGAGAGACCACCACUGCCGUCGCCAAAGCCCUUUUAUCGUUAGCAAGUUGGUGUUAGGUUUGGAUUUUGCUUCGUCCACGUUCGUUAAGUGACGGUCACUAAAGGCUGGUGGCUGGAGUAUUUUUGGAGUCUUAAUAGAAUAUUUUCUCUCUUUUAUUUGUUUAUGUAUAUUUGUUUUGUAUCCGAGGGGGUCCUUUUUAUUUUGGAGUAGUUACAGGUUUACAGUAAUAUUUAUCUAGUUAUCUGCUUUGUUUUCCCCGUUAACCCUUCUAUACCCGUUGGCCAUUUUCAAAUCUUUGCUCAUCAAGAGCCCAAAAAUGGAGAAAAGAUUGAAGCCAAUGGAUGCUGAGCAGCUGAGAGAAUAUGGUCACAAGAUGGUUGAUUUCAUUGCUGAUUAUUACAAAACCAUUGAGAAUUUCCCUGUUCUCAGCCAAGUUGAGCCAGGAUAUCUUCGUAAUCUGUUACCGGAUUCUGCACCUAAUCAACCAGAUUCAUUUCAGCAUGUUCUUGAUGACAUUCAAGCAAAGAUAUUGCCAGGGGUUACUCAUUGGCAGAGUCCAAAUUAUUUUGCAUACUAUCCAUCCAAUAGCAGCGUUGCUGGAUUUUUGGGAGAAAUGCUUAGCGCUGGUCUUAAUAUUGUUGGAUUCAGUUGGAUUACAUCCCCUGCUGCGACAGAGCUUGAAAUGAUUGUUUUAGACUGGCUUGCUAAGAUGCUUAAGCUACCUGAAGACUUCCUUUCAGCAGGACAAGGUGGGGGAGUGAUACAGGGUACGGCAAGUGAAGCUGUUCUAGUUGUACUAUUGGCUGCUCGUGACAAGGCCUUGAGGAGGGUUGGAAAAGGUGCACUUGAAAAGCUUGUAGUUUAUGCUUCUGAUCAAACACAUUCUGCCUUGCAAAAGGCCUGCCAGAUAGCAGGAAUCCAUCCUGAGAAUUGUAGGCUGCUAAAAGCAAACUCUUCUACAAACUAUGCACUUUCUCCAGAGUUGCUGAGUGAAACAAUUUCACAGGACCUUGCUAUUGGGUUGAUUCCUUUCUUUUUAUGUGCCACUGUUGGCACUACUUCAUCGACUGCUGUUGAUCCUUUGCUUGCACUAGGAAAAUUUGCUAAGAGUAAUGAAAUGUGGUUCCAUGUGGAUGCUGCAUAUGCUGGAAGUGCUUGCAUUUGUCCAGAAUUUCGUCAUUACAUUGAUGGAGUUGAAGAGGCUGAUUCUUUCAACAUGAAUGCUCAUAAGUGGUUUCUAACUAAUUUUGAUUGUUCAGCACUCUGGGUAAAGGAUAGAAGUGCAUUGGUUCAGGCCCUCUCUACAAAUCCAGAGUUUCUGAAGAAUAAGGCUUCUCAAGCAAACAUGGUUGUAGAUUACAAAGAUUGGCAAAUUCCUCUUGGACGUCGAUUUAGAUCACUGAAACUAUGGAUGGUGUUACGACUGUAUGGCUUGGAAAACCUGCAGUGCUAUAUAAGAAGCCAUAUCAAGUUGGCCAAACAUUUUGAGGACCUGGUUGCUCAAGACACAAGAUUUGAGGUUGUCACCCCUCGGAUAUUUUCAUUAGUCUGUUUUCGCCUUUUGCCUCCUUCUAACGGUGAAUAUCAUGGUAACAAAUUGAACCAUGAACUAUUAGAUGCUGUAAACUCAACAGGGAAUGUCUUCAUAUCUCACACGGUUUUAUCAGGCAAAUACAUACUACGGUUUGCCGUAGGUGCCCCAUUGACUGAAGAAAAGCAUGUGAAUGCAGCAUGGAAAGUUUUGCAAGAUAAGGCCACUGCCUUGCUAGGGGAAUCCUUACGAUAAAUUGUCUUUACUGUUUUCUAUUUGGACCAUUAAUGGUGCUUUUUCUUUAUUGAUGAUCAGCUUUAAGGUUAUUUGAAAUGUUAUGAUAAACAACAUAUUUCCCUUUAGUUGUCGGCUUGUUUUGUGCAUUAAUCAUUAGUAAUUUUAUUUAAAAACUUUCAAGACAGGCUUGCUGAUAGUUUUAUAGUGUUUCGGUGUGGUUUAUGAGAAAUCUUUGGGAUAUGGCUUACACGGUAGCUAUCAGCUAUGGAAAUAAAAUGAGAAUUUGUUAUAUGAACUCAAAGACUGUAGUUUGAUCCGUAAGCUAUCAUUCAUCCCACCAGCCAUAGCGAACCUAGGCUCGUGUAGCUUAUUAGCUGUGGCGUUUUGUUGGGCUAAGCCCAACUUGAAUUCAUUUGUAUUAUAUCAGUAGCAAUAGAUUGUUCUCUCUAAUCAGUUGAAAACUUCUUCCUUUUUCAUAAGCCCCUCACUGACUCCCGCCAUUCCACCACCACCCCUCGAUUAUAAAAGCAUCGAGUCAUGACACCUGUCAUUAUCCAGCUGUUCUUUGCGGUCAGCAUCAAUCCGAGUCAGAACACAUAACAUCCGAAAUUGCUGAUAUUUUGGUGGGUAUUGGAUCAACCCCCACUAUGAAGUUGUAGAUCUGUAGAUACCUAAAAUUCCAUAAAAAUUAAUAGGGUCCUUAAUUCUGAUUCUCAUUUUGAAGAAAACUAGAAGCUACGAUGUAAUUCUGCAUGACUCCAGAAUACACACAUAGGAAAUCACUCCCAAGUCCCAACAUUCAUACACAGGAAAUUUUCAUAACAGCAUAUUCCGAAACUUGGCCUCAGUGCAGAAGAAUCACUUAUCUGCAGACUAUGAACCUCAAU